AUGGUUUUGCAAGAUCUCGGCCGCCGCAUCAAUGCCGCCGUCAACGACCUGACCAGGUCCGCGACUCUGGACGAAAAGGCUUUUGAUGGCAUGAUCAAGGAAAUUUGCAACGCUCUCGUCGAGGCAGAUGUCAACAUCAAGCUGGUCGCUGGCCUGAGAAACUCCAUCAAGAAGACUGUCAACUUCAACGAACUUGCUCCUGGUGUGAACAAGAAGCGCAUCAUCCAGAAGGCCGUCUUUGAUGAAUUGGUCAAGCUUGUCGAUCCCCACAACACCCCAUACCAGCCCAAGAAGGGCAAGUCCAACGUCAUCAUGUUCGUCGGUCUCCAGGGUGCUGGUAAGACCACGACUUGUACCAAGCUCGCCCGCUGGUACCAGGCGAGAGGCUUCAAGACUGCCCUGGUUUGCGCCGAUACUUUCCGUGCUGGUGCCUUCGAUCAGCUCAAGCAAAAUGCCACCAAAGCAAAGAUCCCCUACUACGGUAGCUUGACCCAGACCGACCCCGUCAUCGUCGCAAGAGAAGGUGUCGACAAGUUCAAGAAGGAGAAGUUCGAGAUCAUCAUUGUCGAUACUUCGGGUCGUCACAGACAGGAACAGGAUCUAUUCGAUGAGAUGGUUCAGAUUCAAAAGGCCGUCACCCCUCACCAGACCAUCAUGGUUCUCGACUCUUCCAUUGGUCAAGCUGCUGAAGCUCAGUCCAGAGCUUUCAAGGAGACUGCCGACUACGGUGCCAUCAUCAUCACAAAGACUGAUGGUGCUGCCGCUGGUGGUGGUGCUAUUUCUGCUGUUGCUGCUACACAUACUCCCAUCGUCUUCAUCGGUACUGGUGAACACUUGCUCGACCUUGAGAGGUUCAACCCCGAAUCUUUCGUCUCGAAGCUGUUGGGCAUGGGUGACAUGGCUGGCCUGGUUGAGCAUGUCCAAAGCUUGAAGCUUGACCAGAAGGACACCAUGAAGCACAUCGCUGAGGGUCAAUUCACCAUCCGUGAUUUGCGCGAUCAGUUCAACAACAUCAUGAAGAUGGGUCCUCUUUCCAAGAUGGCUGGUAUGAUACCUGGCUUGAGUGGUCUCAUGGGACAAAUGGACGAUGAAGAAGGCAGCAUGAAGCUGAAGCGCAUGAUCUACAUCUGCGACUCUAUGACAGCAAAGGAACUCGACUCUGACGGCAAGAUAUUUGUUGACCAGCCAUCCCGUAUGACCCGCGUUGCAAAGGGCAGUGGCACCAGUGUUCGUGAGGUUGAAGAACUCUUGUCCCAGCAAAAGGUCAUGGGUGGCAUGGCCAAGAAGUUCAAGGGAGGCAUGCAGAAUAUGCAAAAG